AUGCCGACUUUAGCAAUUACCAACUUUAACAUCGUGCUCACCGUCCUGGGUGCAUGGAUAUCUCUGUUUGGGCUGGUCUCGUACGUAUCAAAGGACAGACUGUAUCUCUCGGACCCGCUCAUCUCACUUUUGGCCGGGGUAACCUUAUCCCCACUCGCAGCAAAUCUAAUCCGGCCCCUCGAAUAUGUCGGGGGUUCAGAGGUUACUCUGGAUGAAGUGACGCUGGGUUUCAGCCGCUUGGUGCUGGGCGUGCAGCUGGUGAUGGCGGGUGUACAUCUCCCCAGCCGGUACCUGCGGCGGCAGUGGCGGCCCCUGACCAUUCUAGUGGGACCUGUAAUGGCGGGAAUGUGGCUCAUGACGAGCCUGCUGGUCUGGGGGCUCGUCGUCGUGCCUUUUAGAGGGAGCACAAUAGACGGGACUGGCGUGUUGUGGGCCAUGGCGAUCGGGGCCUGUGUUACGCCCACCGACCCGGUGCUGUCGGGCGUGAUAGUCAAGGGCCGCUUCGCAGACGAUAAUGUCCCGCAGGAGCUCCAGCGACUGAUUGUUGCCGAGUCUGGCGCCAACGAUGGGCUCGGGUAUCCCUUCUUGUUUCUUCCGCUCUUCCUGCUCAAGUACGUAGCCGCCGGUGGCGGAAAUAAUCCCUCUCCCGUCCAGGGAGGUGCGCCGACGGCCAUGGGCUUGUGGUUCGGCGAGACCUGGGGCUACGUCGUCAUUUUCGGUGCGGUAUAUGGCGCCGUGGUUGGCUGGGUGGCCAAGGAGCUGCUGCACUGGGCGGACCGGCGCAAGUUCGUGGAUCGCGAGAGCUUCCUCGUCUCCUCCAUUGCCAUGGCGCUUUUCAUCGUUGGCACUGGCGGUAUGCUCGGCAGCGAUGACGUCCUCGCCUGUUUUGUGGCGGGGAAUGUGUUUACCUGGGAUGACUGGUUCCGGUUGGAGACCUUGGACGACAUGCUCGAGCCGACGGUUGAUAUGCUGUUGAACGUUACAAUCUUCAUGUGGUAUGGGGCCAUAUGCCCUUGGAACAGCUUUCUGCACAACGACGUGGUCCCCAUCUGGCGCCUUGUAUUGCUCGGGGUUCUGGUCCUGGCCCUGCGCAGGUUGCCGUUCGUGCUCGCCGCGCACCGAUUCAUUCCGCAGAUCAGCGGAGAGCACAAUGGUAAUGGUAACAACGACGGCGGUGGCUUGAGGCAGGCGCUUUUCGUGGGCUUCUUUGGCCCCAUUGGCGUCUCCGCCAUAUUCUAUCUGCAGGUGGCGAUUGAGUUUGUCGCAGCGCUUGGUGAAAUGGGCCUUGGAGACCAUAACAGUGUCAAAGGAUUGACCGAGAUGCUGAGAGUCGUGGUUUGGUUCAUUGCAGUUUGCAGCAUUGUCGUUCACGGACUGAGUAUCCCCUUCGGCAAGAUCUUUUUCCGUUUCCCGCAGCAAUUCUUGGGGGCCUCGUGGGGUCAGGCACUGAGCCGCUCAUCCACAGUAGCAAUCCUCACGCCGUCCCAGGGGUUGCCCAUCACAGCGCCGCCCACCACAGGGCCGCCAUCAUCCCGGGACGGCGAGCCGAGGCCCAGACCCUCGGGCCCUGGCAUAUCGUUUCAGGAGAGUGGCCGACGUCCGUCGGCUUAA